AUAUCAAAAACCUUGAGACCGAAGGAGUCUUCUGAGAGCUGUGCAAGGAAGUUAAGAAUAGGAGGAGAGCGCAGGCUGUGAGAGAGAUCCCUCGUCUCGACCGCUGCUCGUGCUGUCACGCGCGUGAUCGGAUCCUCGGAGAGAUCCGUGCCACCAAUAUUUGGAUCAACAUGCAUUGUUGAGAGAAAUCUAAACCCCCUCUUGCCUUUUAAUCCCCAUUUCUUCUCCAUCUCAAAAUUUUGUUUAUUGAAUCUUUUUUAUUUUCUUCAGUUCUUCGUUCGUUAAUCCAUUGUUCAAUCGCUGCAAUUUGGGGGAAGAAAAAAGAAAAAACCAUUAUCUUUGUUUUCGAUGGCUACAACUGCGGAUUCUGCUUCUAGUAAUCACUCUCCUCGUUCAUCUGGGCUAUCUGGGGAUGGCCAAAAUAGUCCCCAACAAAUCCGUCGAAGGAAUCUAUCAUCGCCAUGGGCACAUGUUGUUCGGGGUGAAUCGGAAGCUGUCCCUGCUGCUCCUUCUUCUCCUAUGUCUCCGUUGGCGACUUCUACACCGGAGCAAACCCCUGAUUGCUCCCCGGCGAAGUCUUCUCCUGAAAAUUCUGGAUUGGAGGUUCAGUCGGAUAACAACAAUGCUGCUAGGACUAAGAAACCUGCCUGGAAUAAGCCUUCCAAUGGCGUAGUCGAUAUUGGUCCUGUUAUGGGAGCUGUCUCUUGGCCUGCUCUCUCCGAGUCUACGAGGGCUUCCCCAAAAUCAUCAUCCGAUUCAUUGAAGGCUCUCUCUGAUGGAUCCGCUGCAAUCUCUCAGGUACCUGUCAUUGCAUCUUCUCCGCAAAAACAAUCUACUAAUAAUGCAAACCCUAAUUCGGCUCCAAACCAUGCAUUUCCUGCCCGUCAGAAAUCAAUGAAACGUGGCGGUGGUGGGGGUGGGCCGGCUAAUGGCGGCUUUACUCAGCCGCCACCACCACCACCGCCGCCACAACCUGUAGAAAUGCCUCCGAACAACUCUGGUAGAUUGGCGAUAGUGAUUCCAGAUUCUUCUCCAAGAGAACCCCCGCACAAGAAUAGUAAUAAUUGGGAAACUGGACCUAGGGGAGGAGGUUUUGGUUCACAGCCCGAUCACCCUCAGCGUAGUUCAUUCAGGAGGGGCAAUGGGGGACCCCAUCUUCGUGGAGAUGGUCCUUACCAUAACAACAACAACUUUGGAGGCAGGCGAGACCAAGAUCGUGGGAACUAUGAGUGGAAUCCUCAUCGAAGUUUUAACGGUAGAGAUGUCCACGUGCAGCACCAGGGAGUUGUUCCAAGGGCGGCCUUCAUAAGACCUCCGUCGCCUAGUUCUGCCCCAUUUGUUAGUCCCCCGCCAGUUCGACCGUUUGGGAAUCCAAUGGGUUUCCCUGACAUGACAUCUCCAGUAUAUUAUGUUCCUGCGCCGCAUCCGGAUUCUCUCAGGGGUGUGCCAUUUAUUGCUCAUGUGCCACCUCCUGCAAUAUUUUUCCCUGCACCAGAUCCUCAGUUGCGUGCCGUUCUAGUGAAACAAAUAGAUUAUUAUUUCAGUUCCGAGAACUUAUGUAAAGAUAUUUUCUUGCGACAAAAUAUGGAUGAACAGGGUUGGGUUUCUGUUUCUUUAAUAGCCGGCUUCAACCGAGUUAAGCAGUUGACAAACAAUGUCCCAUUUAUAUUGGAUGCAGUACGCAGUUCAACUGUUGUGGAAAUACAGGGUGACAAAAUAAGGAAGCGGAAUGAUUGGAUGAAUUGGCCACUCCCACCAUCUAGUCAGUUCACCACCACCUCAGGUCCAUCAUCCCCAGGGAUAUCUAGUUAUGAUAUGUUAGCAACUCGAAUCCAGAGCGUGGGACUCGAGGAUGGGAAGACUAGUAACCAUUAUGGGACAAGAAGUCCUGCAGAAACUCGGAAGGAAUCAGUCCUAAGUCGAUCGUCAUCUGGAGAGUUGAAUAGCCAGUCGACGAUGUCCGGUGGGGAGCAGACAGGACAAGCCAUGGUCCAAGUAGGUUCUGAUCGAUCAUCGGUGGUAAGUACUGGCAAGGGGGAGUCAUGCUAGGGCAGGGCCUUUUUUUUUUUUUUAAAUUAAGAGGAAGUUGGGGAUUGCCAUGGGGAGGCUGAGGAAGGCUUUCCCUGGGUCUUCCUGCAGAAUAUGGUCUUGUCAAAGAAUGGCAGUGGCAGGGUUCAAGAGGCCAAAAUAGGAAAAAGAAUGAAAGCAAAAAAAUUAAAAAAAAUAAAAAAUAAAAAAAGGGUAGAGGGGGAAUGGGGUGAAGGGAGACUAGAAGGAAAAAGCUUAGGUUAUGAGUGACGAGCCAAUACUGAUGAGGUUAUUGGGAUGUAUAGUUUAUUUGUUAUGGACCAAUGGUUUUUUUUUUUCCUCAUAAUUUUAUUAUGGCUUGGUUGGGGUUUGGAGGGGAGCAAAUUUUGAGGGUAUUUCCCCAGCCAUCCCUCAGCAUUUUUGUUGAAAAUUUUGAGUUACAUUACCUCCAUGGGGGGAGGAUUGGAAAUGGAGCGUCACUGGAAGAAAAAGGGGUGGAUAUGGCUUGAUGAUGUUGCUACAACUGCUACUACACUUCCCUAGGCCUCUUCGUUUCUUGUUAUUUUGUCAUAUACACAAUAUUUCAGUAUUUAUCCUUAUAUAUACCUUUUUCUUCAAGACCAUUGAAGAUUUUACAGCAUAAAAGUGCCCUUGAUAUUCAAGGGUUGGUGACAAACCUUAUGGUUUGAGUAGUGGAUAGAGAUGGAAGAUUGGAACAGUAUGCUAGUUUGGACGUUAAAUAACUGGUGGGAUUAGUUUCACUGAUUCUUGAAUAUUGGUACCAAACAUUUAUUUAUGAUUAUUUAGAUAUUUGACAUUUGAUUAGAAGUAUUAAUUUGUUUAGCAA